AUGUGCCGAUUGCAAGCGCAACAAGCGUUACUGACAAUUGUCUCAUUAGACCCACGAUGGGCGUCCUGGAACCUCGGAAUAUUCAUUUGUAUCCGUUGCUCAGGUAUUCAUAGAGGCAUGGGCACACAUAUCAGCCGGGUGAAAUCCGUGGAUCUUGACUCCUGGACCGACGAACAACUUCAGAGCGUGGUGAGAUGGGGUAAUGCGAGAGCGAACAAAUAUUGGGAGGCGAAACUGGCGCCCGGUCACGUCCCGUCGGAAGCGAAAAUUGAGAACUUCAUUCGGACCAAGUAUGAAUCCAAGCGGUGGAUCAUGGACGGCCCGAUGCCCGAUCCUUCCACAUUAGAUGAUGGCGAUGACGAUGUGCCACUUGCUGUUGUUCAGGAAAAGGCAAAGAUUGAGCGUUCCGCAUCACAACGAGUAGCGACGUCUAGCCAACCACCGGCGGCGCAUCGCCAGCAAGCCUCUAUCGACCUCUUCGCUGACGAUGAUAUCGCCCCCCCAGCCCGUCCUAGCACCACGGACCCUACACCACGAGCCGCGCCGAAGCAGCCUCAGUCUGCUCCUAAGCCAACACGCCCUGGGGACUCACUGCUUGGCCUUGACUUCUUUGGCAGCGCUCAGCCGGCCACCAACAGUCGCCCGUCCAGCACGGCGUCUACCCCCGGUGGCUCCACGAGCAUUUCUAGGCCCGAUUUAAAGCAGUCUAUCCUAUCUCUUUACUCAAAGCCUCAGCCAGCCCCAGCGCAGCAUGCGCGUACUUCUUCGUUUGGAGAUUUUGGAGACCUGGCGUCUCCUGCGCCGCCCUCAGCAUCAUCAUCCUCUAACCUGGGUGGUCUCACGGAUGCCUUUAGUGGGCUUAGCUUCCCAUCGACUACUUCUCCACCGCCUCAAAAGCAAGUGGAAAAGCCAUCUCCAUUUGCUAAUCUAACAAGCUUCGCCAUUAAGAAGUCUACUCCUGCAGCUCCGAAGGUCUCUUCUCCUACGGCUUCUGCUGGCAGUGGUGGGGGUAGUUUGUUCGAUAGCCUUACCUCUCCCACUAUUCCUGCAGCGAAGCCUCAGUCCCGUACUACAUCGAUUUCUUCUAAUGGGUUCGACUCGGGAUUCACCAGUUUCGCGUCUCCACCAUCUAAGCCGAAUCCACUACCACCAUCUGCAUCAUUAUCCAAUGAUCUCUUUGGACUAACGUCCCCUGCUCCCGUUGCUUCGUCCAAGGUAUCGUCCCCUCCAGCACCGAAAGCAACCUCACCGCAGCAAGAACUGAAGGCCGCUUUUAACCUUAACCCCCCUGCGCCCGCCCCGAUGUCUGCAGCGCCAAAACCUAGCAUGUCCGCCACAACAGCAUCCAUCGCAAGCGCACUUCCGGCAAGCAUAGAUCCUUGGGGGGGAGGUAACGCAUGGGGCACUCCGGAUCCUGCGCCAGCUGCUGGGCCUUCUGGUUCAUCGAUGAUGAAGGUCCCCGAUACCCUGACUGCCCAUGACAUCGGGGCCGGUUGGGGCGCUCCGACCUCCCCAUCCGGAGGUUCGAAGCAAGCCCCGACAGUGGCUGCAGACGAAGACUUCGGAGGCUGGACCAGUGCAGCACCUAUUUCAUCCACUACGGCAGCCACUACAAAUAUGAGCGUUCCAUCUAAACCGGCAGGCGGGUUUAGCGGGGCUGAUGAUUUAUUUUCUAAUGUAUGGGAGUAG